CAGGUCGGGUUUACCGGAAACGGAUACUGUGUAAAUGCGUCAGCCAACGAGGAAGCGGCUAUUGCUUACUUCCAGGCGUUUCAAAUUUUUUCUUGUUUCCUUUCAGAAAGGUUUCUUAGUUUCUUUUCUGAUGUAGUUAAACCGCUGUUACGGCGUUGUUUUGCUCAGUUAUGUAACGUAGCUUGUUGGCUCAUUGCAUGCAAAUAUGAAGUGUCUCCUACACCAGCCUGCUUGCGCUGCUAGCUAAAUUCCUGCAUCUAGGUAGCUUGUUUGUUUACGUAUGCUAGAUCACACUCUAAAACGUGGUCUGUUGCAUUCCUACAAAAUGUGCAGAUAACCUACAGAAGUACUGCUGUUUUUCACUGAACAUAAAACAACAAACAAGAACUUCGUACUGAAUUAGACAAACUACUCGUGUUCCACACGUAGAGUAAUGUGCUGUCAACAUAGACUGUUGUUUGUUAGCCAGCUAUCUCCAGUGACAAUGUGUUAUAUGCAUCAGUUCUAAUAUUUUGAGUAUUUGUGAAGGAAGGGGUACUGUUGUAAAGAUUUAAAAAAUUUUUAAAUUGCUCGACAUAGAAUAGGUGCAAUCUAGUGUGUGGGGUGUUCAGCGCUGUCGUUGUUAUCUGCACAUUUGCUGUGUAUUGGUAUUCCUCGCUGGCGUGAGUGUGUUUGCUGACUCUGAGAUGGGGGUGAAGGGGCUGCAGGGGUUUGUGGAGAAUGCCGUACCUGGAGCCUGUGUACAGGUGGACCUGAGGGAAAUGGCAGAGCAGCACAGGCGGGCGAAGCCGGGACAUGUCCCCACGCUGGCCGUGGAUGGGAUGGCCUGCCUGAGGCUCUGGUAUAGUUGCCAGGCCUGGGUGCACGGAGGCCAGUGGAGGGAGUAUCUGCACCUCCUGGAGGAGUUUGUGGCCUCCUUUACCGCUGCGGGAAUCCGUUUGGUGUUUUUCUUUGACGGCGUGGUGGACGAUGACAAGCGGAAGGAGUGGGUGAGGCGGAGGCUGAGGGUGAACAAGGACGUGGCCCGAGUUUUUCAGCACAUCAAGCUCCACGGACAGCAGCCUGGCAGGGACCUGCUCUGUCUCCCCUCAGGCCUGGCCACCUUCUCCACGUUCGCCCUCAAGUCACUGGGGCAGGAGACCUGGAGCACCACGCGCGAGGCUGACUAUGAGAUCGCCAGCUAUGCCCUGCAGAAUGACUGCAUGGGGAUCCUGAGCCAGGACUCGGACUUCCUGAUCUUCGACACUGCGCCGUACUUGUCCGUCUCCCGGCUGCGGCUGGACAGGCUGUGCACGAUGCAGCUGUGCCGCGACACAUUGUGUCGCACUCUUGGGCUGCACCCCGGCGACCUCCCACUGCUGGCCUGCGUUCUGGGGAACGACACCGUCCCUGAGCAGCGUCUGCAGUGUCUGCGCAGUAAAUGCAUGGCUGAGUACCGCAGCAGGCUCUCUCAAACCCCAAACCAUGGCAAGGUGUUUGCUGUAGCCGAGUUUAUCAGCAGUAACCGCCCCUCCAGUGGCGAUGCCGAAGGUAUUGUCCGACUGCCACUGUCGGACAUCGACCGGGUCCUGCUUGAGGAAGGAGUGCGGAAGUAUCUACUUCCAGGUCAAAGGUCACCUUGGGUGAACUCUGACAGUCCUUCCCCUCCCCUCGUAUGUGAGAUGGAGAGGUUUUCCAGUGCUGAUAUCAUGCAGGCAGCAAAAGAAAAGCACAUUAGAGCAGAGUGCUUCAUAGUCUACAAUGUCCUGUACGACGGUGUGGUUGAGUGCAGUAACACGCUGGAGGAUGAGGAGGAAACGGAUCUUCCCCCCCAGGCUCUGCUGUAUCGGCCUGCCAGAGAGCGGCUGUACGGCCUUCUGCUGCCCACACCUGCAGGCUCCAGUCCAGCUCCUGCAGUAAAGGAGUGGUUUGUCUUUCCUGGAAACCAACUUAAGGAGCCAGACUUAGUGUCACCUGUUCCGCUGGGCCAACCAGGAGGAAACCCAGAUUUGAGCGUCCUGUGGUUUGGAGAAGGUGCGACCGUGACGUCGCUCCGUGUGACCGCAUUCCUCGCCAUCUUCAGCCUGCAGGACUUCGCAGAGGACCUGCAGCAGCUGGAUACGCCCCUUAUGGCCGUGGGCCUCCUCCUCAUUUACAUCUCACUGCAGGAUAGUCACCUUUCCUUGGAAGAUGUGGAUGCGUAUCUCAGCCAAGCCGUCUGUAUGAGGGGCAAGUCAUACACUGAGCUCCUUUCUACCAGGGUGUCGGUUGUGGACUCGAGGGCUGUUCAGCUGGGCUCGCUCUUUGUUCGGGGGCUGGCGGUCCUCAUUGCAGCCAACAGUGCCUGCGGCUUCCCUUUCCUCUCAGAUCACCUAAUGCCCUGGAACACCUUCGACGGGUUUCUCUUCCACUCAAAGUACCUGCAGGCCCACCGUGGGAGUACUGAUGGAGAGCUACUGGAGGGCAAUGAUUCCUGGGUCUCACAGUUCCGGCAGCUGAGAGAGCUGGUGCUUAGCGUCUGCAGGAGGAGAGGAAAAGCUAUCCUCAGCGCACCACGGAGAGUGGCUGCAGCCUCUUGGAAACCGAUGGGUAGAGAAGACAAUCCAACAGAGAAAAGACCCCAGCACUUCAAAUAUGCAGAGCAGCCCUGUCCCCCACCCCAAAACUACAGGGUCCAGAGCAGAGGCCCCAGGCCUGACAUGCAAGAAUGUGGUUAUGGACCCAGAUCAAGGCGUCCAGGCAGGCAGCGAUACCGGCUUGCCCCACGGUGGCCCCAGCACCCAAACUCCAGGCCCUACUUCCCCUGAUCCCCAGCGACCCCUCCAGCGGCUCAGAGACCCAGGCCUGAAGAGAAGACCACUGCAGUUCUGCUGCAGGAAGCCGCUCCUGCUGAGGCAGCCCCUUAUGGAAACAGACAGGCAGAUGUGCUGUAGGACAGGACAGAUCAUCCGUGGGCUGGUUUUGAAUCAGCUGGAGCUGUUUGCUGUUGCAGCAGUGUGGACUCUUUGCCUCACCGUCUCACAGCAUGUUAGUUAAUCUUAGUGCCGCAGUGAAACCUGGAAGUCUUUUAAAGUUCAGUCCAGCCUGUGGAUGUGAGCUAGACUCUCUGGGCUCCCCACAGACAGAGGGAAGGAAGUAUUCCUAUAUCAAUAAUAUUUUCAGAAUUAUUAUUUGUAAUAGCUUUAGUAGUGAUUAUAAUAUAAUAAUACAGUAGAGUAGGGGCUAGACAGAUGGGUCUGAUGGAGCAGAAGACUGAGAGUUUAGAGGAAAUACAGCAGGUGAUGGAACACUGCAAAGGGCAGAUUGUGUCCACUCAGAUUAGCAUCUCAAAUCCCUGAGAAGGUCCUUAAAUGCCGAAAUGCAGAGAUACCCCUCCUUUUGUUGAAUGUUUUUUUUGGGGGGCUCAUGUUACUGUAAAUCUGUAAAGCGCGCUGCAUGCGACAGCCCCUCAAAUCUGAGAGAGAGAAAUCUCAGAGGAAGGAAGCUUGUUUUGGUCAAAGGAAGAUAUUAAAACGCUGGACAGGUU